AUGAGUGCCAGCGAAGCUCCAGUCAAGAGGGCAGACACCGUCGCUGACACACUGGCGUCGGUGUUACCUUCAGAUGGAAAGCCUUGGUACAAGCAGGGUCAUCUAUUGAGGCUCAACUUCAUUAUUCUCUCCCUGGUCAUGUUCUCAUCCGCCAACGGAUACGAUGGUUCUUUGAUGAACGGUCUCCAAGCGCUUCCCAAGUGGAACCAGUUCAUGAACAUGCCACAGGGUGCUUGGCUUGGAUUCAUCAACGCCAUUUACUGGUUCAUGAACGGUUUUUCCUUCUUCCUCGCCGCCUGGACUUCGAACAAGUACGGUCGCAAGCCAGGACUUUACAUCGGCUACGUCUUUCUCGUUUCUGGCACCGUUCUACAGACGGCAGCACAUAACCCAGCAGCCUUCAUCGCCGCUCGCGGCCUACUUGGUGCUGCAGCAGGAUGGUACACCAGUGGUGCGCCCCUGCUCAUUAACGAAAUCGCCUAUCCCACCCACCGAGCCAUCGCUUCCGCUUGCUUCCAGUGCGGCUUCUACCUUGGCAGUAUCAUCUCGGCAUGGGUAACAUUCGGAACUAGGAACUAUGGCAGCUCCUGGGACUGGCGCCUUCCAUCGCUGAUGCAGAUCCUGCUUCCUGCUUUGGCUUUCCCUGGAUUCUUCAUUGCGCCUGAAUCUCCUCGAUGGCUUGCGUCCGUAGAUCGCAACGAAGAGGCAGCUCAGGUCAUCGCAAAGCACCAUGCUGGUGGAGAUAUCAACUCGCCUCUAGUCCAAUUUGAGACUGAGGAGAUUACAAACACCAUCAAGGCCGAGCAGGAGGCCCAUGCCAGUGCUAGCUACGCAGACAUGCUCAAGACCAAGGGCAACAGAUGGAGACUGCUUAUCUCGGUUUCUCUGGGAGUGUUCAGUCAGUGGAGUGGUAACGGCGUUGCCUCGUACUACCUUGCUCUUGUCCUUCAGACUGUUGGUAUCACCAGCGUUACUCACCAAACGCUCAUCUCUGCAUGCCUGCAGGUUUGGAACCUUAUCUGGGCUGUCACAGCGGCAGCAUGCGUCGAGAAGCUCGGCCGACGACCUUUGUUCCUCACGUCUGCCGCAACUAUGUUGGCUAGCUAUAUCGUCAUUACUGGAUUAUCGGGCUCUUUCGCAAACACAGGAAACUCUGCUGUGGGCGUCGCUGUCAUUCCUCUCCUUUUUGUCUUUUUCGCGGGUUACGAUAUUGCACUGACACCACUAGUCAUCGCAUAUCCCAUUGAGAUCUGGCAGUAUCAGCUCCGAUCCCGAGGUUUCAGCGUCAUGUGGUCCUCAGGUAUUCUGGCUGGCAUUUUCAACAUGUUUGUCAACCCGAUCGCACUUGGGAGUAUCGGUUGGAAGUACUACUUCACCUACAUCGUCUUUCUCAUCGCCUUCCUCGUGAUCGCCUACUUCUUCUACCCUGAGACUCGAGGCCGUACCCUCGAGCAGAUGACAUACAUCUUCGAUGGAGAAGAUGCUGAUACGCAGUACUUAGAGGGCAAGGCCAAGGUUAUGUCCGUGGAGGUGGAUCACAAGAGCGGAUAA